UGUCACCUGCCUCCUGAUUGGUUGUCUCUCCUAUUGAGGAUGAAAAGCACAGCUGCAACUUUAAGACUCCUCUCCCUCCCCCCUACCUCCCUCAAUGGUCUCUCCCAGCUCUCCUCCUCCUCCUUGUCCUCGAGCUCUUCUUCUCCGUGAAGCCACCGGAAACAUGUCGUCGUGGGCAUGUCGUCCGUGACCAUGAUGAGGAUGGCGGCGGUGGCCGCGGAAGCGCGCCGGCCGCGCCUUCCUCCUGCUGCGCGGACGCACCACUGAGGCCAUCCUGGUUUUUUUUUUUUGUUUUGUUUUUUUCAUCUGGGAAAGGAGGUGCAUGCGCAGGCUGCAGACAAGCGGAGCGUCGGCAUCGUGAACGCGCACGGAGAGAAGCGUCAAGAUGAUGUGCGAGGUGAUGCCCACCAUCAGCGAGGACACGGCGCUGAGCCAGCGCGGCUCGCAGAGCAGCUCGUCGGACCCGGACUCGCACUUUGAGCAGCUGAUGGUCAACAUGUUGGACGAGCGAGACCGCCUGCUGGACACGCUGAGGGAGACGCAGGAGAGCCUGGCUCUGUCCCAGCAGCACCUGCAGGACGUCGUCUACGACCGGGACUCGCUGCAGAGGCAGCUCAGCUCCGCCCUGCCCCAGGAGUUUGCCGCUCUCACCAAGGAGCUCAACGCCUGCCGGGAGCAGCUGCUGGAGAAGGAAGAGGAGAUCUCGGAGCUGAAGGCCGAGAGGAACAACACCAGGUUGCUGUUGGAGCAUCUGGAAUGUUUGGUGUCCCGACACGAGCGCUCGCUGCGCAUGACGGUGGUCAAGAGGCAGGCGCAGUCCCCCUCGGGGGUCUCCAGCGAGGUGGAGGUCCUCAAGGCCCUCAAGUCCUUGUUCGAACACCACAAAGCUCUCGACGAGAAGGUGCGAGAGCGACUGCGGGUGUCGCUGGAGAGGGUGUCCGCCUUGGAGGAGGAGCUUACGGCAGCCAAUCAGGAGAUCGUGGCCUUACGCGAGCAGAAUGCUCACAUCCAGAGGAAGGUGGCGUCGGGCGAGGCCGCCGACGACAUCCCCGAGGGCGGCGAGACGCAGCACAAGGUCCACAGCAAGCGCCUGUCCAACGGCGCGUUGGAGUCGGCGCCGCGCGAAGCCGGCCAAGUGGUGGAGCUGCAGGACCUGCUGGAGAAGCAGAACUACGAGCUGGCCCAGAUGAAGGAGCGCAUGUCCUCGCUGUCGUCGCGCGUCUCCGAGGUGGAGCAGGAGCUGGAGACGGCCCGUAAGGACCUCAUCAAGUCCGAGGAGAUGAACAACAAGUACCAGCGGGACAUCAAAGAGGCCAUGUGCCAGAAAGAGGACAUGGAGGAGCGCAUCGUGACGCUGGAGAAGCGCUACCUGAGCGCCCAACGCGAGUCCACUUCGGUGCACGACAUCAACGACAAGCUGGAGAACGAGCUGGCCAACAAGGAGGCCUUCCUCAGGCAGAUGGAGGAGAAGAACCGGCAGCUGCAAGAGAGGCUGGAGCUGGCCGAGCAGAAGCUCCAGCAGACCAUGCGCAAGGCCGAGACGCUGCCCGAGGUGGAGGCCGAGCUGGCCCAGAGGAUCGCCGCGCUCACUAAGGUGAAGAAAUGCUCGGCUGACCAAAUGUGGAGGCCUUUUUAUUUCGGUGUUGAAAUGAGUCGUGUGUCGCAGGCGGAAGAACGUCACGGGAACAUCGAAGAGCGCAUGCGCCACUUGGAAUGCCAGCUGGAGGAGAAAAACCAGGAGCUGCUCCGGGCUCGCCAGCGAGAGAAGAUGAACGAGGAGCACAACAAGCGUCUGUCGGACACGGUGGACCGCCUCCUCACCGAGUCUAACGAGCGCCUGCAGCUGCACCUGAAGGAGCGCAUGGCCGCGUUGGAGGAGAAGAAUUUACUCAUCCAGGACUCGGAGGGCUACAGGAAGCAGUAUGAGGAGUCCAUACACGAGAAGACGCAUUUGGCUGAGGAGAUUGAGAAGCUGCGGUCAGAAUUGGACCAGUUCAGGUUGAGGGUGGGGUCCCUCACAGAGCCCACCCUGUCACGGUCUCACCUCGACACUUCGGGCGAGCUCCGUUUCUCCCUGGGCUCUCUGGCCGAGACCCAGUCGGACCACUACCGCUCGGCCAAGGUCGUACGGAGGCCCAGGCGAGGUCGAGUGGGCCUGCGGGAAACCAAGGCCAAGUCUCUGGGCGAGCAAGAGUGGCGCUCGCAGCAGCUGGGCGUGGUGGGCGGCGGCGGCCACCAUUUUGAGAGCGACACGGAGAUGUCCGACAUGGACGACGACGACCGGGAGACGCUCUUCAGCUCCAUGGACCUCCUCUCGCCCGGCGGACACUCUGACGCGCAAACCUUAGCCAUGAUGCUUCAGGAGCAGCUGGACGCCAUCAACAAGGAGAUCCGGCUGAUCCAGGAGGAGAAGGAGUCGACGGAGCUGCGUGCCGAGGAGAUCGAGAGCCGCGUGGCCAGCGUCAGCCUGGAGGGCCUGAACCUGGCUCGCAUGCACCACCAUCACCACCACGGGGCCUCCAUCACCGCCUCGGCCACCGCCUCCUCCUUGGCGUCCUCGUCGCCGCCCAGCGGCCACUCCACGCCCAAGCUGGACCCCCGCAGCCCCGCCAUGGAGCGCAUGGGGGUCAUGACGCUGCCCAGCGAUUUGCGCAAGCACCGGCGAAAGAUCGCCGCGGUGGAAGAGGACGGGCGCGAGGACAAGGCCACCAUCAAGUGCGAGACCUCGCCGCCCGCCACGCCGCGCACCGUCCGGAUGACGCACACCCUGCCGGCGUCCUCGCACAACGACGCCAGAGGGUUGUCCUCCCUGGAAGCGGAAGGCACCACGAGCAGCGUGGCCAGCAGCCAGGACUCGCUGCACAAGCAGCCCAAGAAGAAAGGCAUCAAGUCGUCCAUCGGCCGCCUCUUCGGCAAGAAGGAGAAAGGCCGCAUGGGGCACAUGGCGCACAUGGCGCAUCGCCACGUCAUGCUGGAUCCGCAAGCCACCGCCAUGGACGCCGACGUGGCGGGCCAGGAGGCGGGGCUGAGCAAGCUGGGCACGCAGGCCGAGAAGGACCGCCGCCUGAGAAAGAACGGACACGAGCUUCUGGAGGAGGCCAGGAGGAAGGGCUUGCCUUUCGCGCAGUGGGACGGACCCACCGUGGUGGCCUGGCUGGAGCUGUGGCUGGGGAUGCCGGCGUGGUACGUGGCGGCCUGCCGCGCCAACGUGAAGAGCGGCGCCAUCAUGUCGGCGCUGUCCGACACGGAGAUCCAGCGUGAGAUCGGCAUCAGCAACCCCCUGCACAGACUCAAACUCCGGCUGGCCAUCCAGGAGAUGGUCUCGCUCACCAGCCCGUCGGCGCCCCCUACCUCCAGAACCCCGUCAGGCAACGUAUGGGUGACCCACGAGGAGAUGGAGACCAUGGCGGCCCCUUCCAAAACGAAAUCCCAGUCUGAAGAGGGGAGCUGGGCACAAACGCUGGCUUACGGCGACAUGAACCACGAGUGGAUCGGCAACGAGUGGCUGCCCAGUCUCGGACUACCUCAGUACCGCAGCUACUUCAUGGAGUGCCUGGUGGAUGCGCGCAUGCUGGACCACCUCACCAAGAAGGACCUGAGGGUGCAUCUCAAAAUGGUGGACAGCUUCCACAGAACAAGUUUACAAUACGGCAUCAUGUGUCUGAAGAAGCUCAACUAUGACAGGAAGGAGCUGGAACGGCGGCGGGAGACGAGCCAGCACGAAAUGCGAGACGUGCUGGUGUGGAGCAACGAGCGGGUGGUGCGCUGGGUGCAGAGUAUCGGCCUGCGCGACUACGCCGCCAUCCUGCACGAGAGCGGCGUGCACGGAGCGCUGGUCGCCCUGGACGACAACUUUGAUUACAGCAGCCUGGCCCUGCUCCUCCAGAUCCCCAUGCAAAACACUCAGGCCCGUCAGAUUCUGGAGCGCGAGUACAAUAACCUGCUGGCGCUGGGCACCGACCGGCGGCUGGACGAGUGCGACGACAAGGACUUCCGAGGGGCGUCGUGGCGGCGGCAGUUCCCGCCGCGGGACGUGCACGGCAUCAGCAUGAUGCCCGGCUCGGCCGAGACGCUGCCGGCCGGCUUCCGUCUGACCACCACGUCGGGACACUCGCGCAGGCUCCCGCCCGACGUGGGCGCCUCGACUGUUCAGCGCCUGGACAGCUCCACGGUGAGAACCUACUCGUGCUGAGGAGACGGACCUUAACGUGCCGCUGUCCAGUUCUGAGCGGAGCCGCCGGACGGGCCCACACACGGGGUGUGGGGUCUUCCCGUGUGGGGAGGGGCCAAGGUCGGGGGGCUACGCCAUCGGGAUAACCGCGCACUGCCAAGAAGCCCCUCGUCUCUCCGCCUCAUGCCUCCAACAAAUCUCUUAUUUCUCAAAUGUGGACGCCAGCCAGCCGCCGCCUUCGGUGCUAAACUCUCUCGCAGCGGGCUGGUCGACAUUUCCCUAAAGCGUACUGUGUAUUUCAAGUUGGUUAUGUAAAUUCAUAUAAAUAGGACAUUUUUUUAAUAUAUAUAUAUAUAUAUAUGUGUAAAAAAAAAGAAAAAGAUUAUUGAGCAAAUAAGAAGUUAGUGGACCAUAGAUGAAUAAUAUAUGCUGCUCUCGGACCCUGGCAAACAUUCUAUUUUAUUUUUUUUUUAAAUUUGGGGUAGGCAAACUCCUCGGAGGAUGCCAUCACCGCCCUCUAGCGGCCGGAGGACUAACAAAGCACACGAGCAACCCGAAGUAACUCAGCGGGGAAGGCAGCCUCAGCUCAUUGUGUGCACGUGUGUGUGUGUGUGUUUUAAAAAAAAAAAAAAAAAAAACGGCCAGAAACGCUUGGUGUCACUCGACGUUUUCCGUCUCUGAACUUCUGAUGGACUCAAAUGUUUGUUUUGGAAGUCUUACAAUUUGCACGAACGCAGACGUCAUCACGGUUCCAUUUUGUGUGAAUACGUUUUGAUUUAUUUUUGACUUCUUGUACGUACGUACGUACGUACGUCGGUGGUGGAAAACCUUCAAGUGGUGAGCAAAAAAAAAAGACAUUAAAAGCAAAAACGACCGAG